AUGGCAGCUGUAGAGUUCCUGCAAGCCUUAGGCAAGAGGAAGGCUGGACCGGCUCCAAAGAAGGUGGAGGAAGAUGAUGCUACAAAGAAGAAGAAGGAGGUCAAUCCAUUCAUCGCAAACCAAGUUUUUACCACAAUCGUCAUUGUGAGAACUCUGAUGGUAUCCAGCUUGAACACAGCCGAGAUAGCUCGUUUAGCUCCACUGAAUCGAGCCUGGCAUGCUGUCUCAAACUCUUUAUUGAGUCCUUUACGAGCGUCCAAGUUUCGUCUAUCCUUUCGAGUUACAGAUCCUAACGCUGUACGAAUGUGGAGAGAUGAAUCGUACCCACUAGGGAUAUUGUUGCAAGCUGUAGAGCGAUGGAAGAAUGAAGAUGGUGUCUUGGUGACUAAAUUCAGAGUUGCCAAGGGACAACCACUUCCAUUACGACGAUCGAGUUUACGAGCUAGUGUUAGAACGCCGCCUGCAAUCACAGCUAAUGGUCAGACUAAUAACAAUAAUAAUGCCGCUGCUACUGCCAAUGGAUUUGUAGGCCCGCCGUGGACUGAAGCUGUGUUUACAGGACCGACUGCCACGUUGGUGAGGCCGUUACUUGCACUCUUCCCAUCAGAUGUGACUGUAUACGGUCCACAUCCAGGAGCCGCUAUGGGAGUGCCUGAAAGACCUCAGUCGUCACGGAGAGUCUCCUUCCAGGUUUACGGGCAGGAAUAUUUUAUUCGUAUAAAAUAUGGAUAUAACGAUACAUGGGAGAUUGUUGCUGUUUAUAUGACAGAGACUCUGCUAAACCCAUUGGCAUUUGGCGCAGCAUAUGGACAUCGCGAUAUUGAGUGGAUUUUCCCCGCUGCUCGUCGGCAAAUCUUGCGAAAGGCUGUUCUGAAUGUAUGUCCACCCGGUCGCGGCAAACCACUAAUCCAGCUGCUAGAUGAUGGUCUUGACGUUCUGUUAUCAACCGCUCAAAGCGGAUAUACAUAUAAAGGCCAUCUAAGAUACUUGUUUGGCGCUCGCCCCGAGCUCUGGAUAUCAGACCUUCUCUCCGCUCUCUUGAAGGACGAUGGAUACCCUUGGUCGCAUUCUGUGGCGUUGUAUCAUGACUGUGAUGCAACUAUACGUGAUCUUAUCUCAAAGCUAGAGAAUAGAUUGACAACCAUUCGAGCAUGGCAUGCACUUCCGGAGGAGAAGAGGGAAGAUAUGAUGCACAAGAACAAGUCGCGUACUGCAGAGAAUUGGGCCUCUGGAGUUUUGAGUAAUAUUGUUCUUGAAUUGCGUGGAGUCAAGAUUAGAGGCAAACGUGGUACCAAGGAGUGGGUCGACGAUAUUGUUAUGGAGCUGAAGAAGUGGGACACGGAGAAAACUAAGGAGACGAAGAACAAGUCAUCGUCUUGGGAAGAUGAUGGGUUUUAUAGAUAG